CACAUAGCGAUGGGUAGCAGAACUCGGCAGAACACCGGCUCUGGAUAACUAUGGCCAUGUCCAGGGGGCUGAGAUGCUGCCAGAGGAUAUUUUCCUGGAUCCCCGUGGUCAUAAUUUCCUCCGUGGUGUUGUGGUCGUACUACGCCUAUGUGUUUGAGCUCUGUUUCUUUACGCUCAGCAAUGCAUUAGAAAAAGCGGCCUACCUUCUGGUGUUUCAUGUGUGCUUUGUGAUGUUCUGCUGGACCUACUGGAAGGCUAUCUUCACUCCACCCUCCACGCCCUGCAAAAAGUUCCACCUCUCGUAUAGUGAUAAGGAGAGAUAUGAGAUGGAGGAGAGGCCAGAUGCACAGAAGCAGAUCCUGAUUGACAUUGCUAAAAAGCUCCCAAUUUUUACCCGGGCUCAGUCAGGAGCUAUCAGGUUCUGCGAUCGUUGUCAGGUGAUAAAGCCCGACCGCUGUCACCACUGUUCCGUCUGUGAAACGUGCAUUCUGAAAAUGGAUCAUCAUUGCCCUUGGGUGAACAACUGUGUCGGAUUCUCAAACUACAAGUUCUUCCUGCUCUUCCUGUCGUACUCUAUGCUCUACUGUGUUUUCAUCGCAGCAACAGUAUUUCAGUAUUUUCUUAAGUUCUGGGUGGGUGAAUUAUCAAACGGCCACGCUAAGUUCCACGUCCUGUUCCUGCUGUUCGUGGCUCUCAUGUUCUUCGUUAGCCUCAUGUUCCUCUUUGGAUAUCACUGCUGGCUGGUGGCUAAGAACAGAUCAACAUUAGAGGCUUUCUCUGCACCAGUGUUCCAGAAUGGUCCUGACCGGAAUGGCUUUAAUGUGGGCAUCCGCAAGAAUCUUCUUCAGGUCUUUGGAGAAGACAGAAGGCUUUGGUUUUUUCCAGUUUUCACCAGUCAAGGGGAUGGUCACUACUUUCCACUGAGGACCCUGUGUGAAUAUCAGAACCCAUUACUGGCCAGUGAGGGGAGGUGGGCGGAGGAUGGUGGAUCAGAUGAGGACAGCACAGAUGGUGAAAUGGAACACGACCCUUCGGUCACCAUCGAUAUAGAGACAUAGUGGACAAGCUACAUUUUUGUUGGAGCACUUUCCGUUACUUCAGACAUGAACGUUUUUUUGGUAAUUUAAGGAGAGGAACCAAACCUGAGGAGGAUGUUUUUGUUUAGAACGCAUUCCAAACACUGGAAGACUCCAGAAAACACAUGUCUGUUGGAUUGCCAAAUAUUCUGGAAGGACCACUAAGUGGAUUUAUCCUCUUGUUUUUCUUAUUCGUCUUAGAUUUUUAUUAUUUAUCACCCAGUAAUGAUUUCCAGCUCUGCAUAUCCUGAACACCAGAGACAAUCUCUGAAUCGCUGACUGUUUUGAGGGGCAUGGACGUGGUUCGUCUGUCUUCUUUUUACAAGACAAUUGUAGCGGGCAUUUCACAUUUCACAUUUUCAGUUUACACCAACAUACGUGAGGUUCUCCUGAAGCUGCAGAGGAGAACGAGGAGAGCGGGCUGUGGCCCUGUGUGGAGGUCAGUCACUUCUACUGCUGUGCACUUCUUCUUCUUCUUAAAAAAAAAAAAAAAAAACAAGACACAAGUGCUGUCUGUCUGCCUCCAGCUCACAAUUACCGGUAGAUCAGUUCUACUGCACGCAUGACGAUGUCUCUUCAAGCCUUAAAGAUCUAUCAGACUGCGACUGCUUCUCUGUGAAAUCACUGUGGUGCAGCCUGAACACCUUUUUAUUUCGUAAACGUCCGAGUUGAUAUCGUCCUUUUAUUAUGAUGUAAUAUAUAUAUAUAUAUAUGUAGUAUAUAGAUAUUUUGAUGAUGAAGUGUAUUAUGUCUUUGAGUGUAAAUGGUACACUUUUGAGGUGUUGUCAAUUGUUUAUUUGUUUAUUUGUUGAUGAGAGGUUAAUUAUCGUCAGAUUAUGUUAUGUAUUAUGUUAUUGUUUAAUUUAUCAUGAUGUAUCAUACAUAUCUUGCUGCCAUCUUUCACGUAGACACUUUACAUGGCACAAAUACGGCUGUGUUCACAUUACCAGCUUAAACUGGUACAAAUAUGUUUUCUAUUUUUUUUUUUUUUUUUUUCAGUCUUAAUUUGACCCAUAUCUGAUAUUUAAAUCAAUGAAUCAACAAUUAAUCAAUCAACCUUUAUUUCCUACUCAGAAAUACUUUGAGUGUAAGUAACCCUCAUUUUUAAUGCAGCUGAGCAUUUACAUUUAAAAUUAAAGGGGCUGAAAAAUAAGUUUAAGUUAUAAAACAAACAAUAUAAGAUUUAAAAUGAUUUAAAAAUACAUAAAAUAAUUUAGAAUAAUAAAUGAAUAUGCAGACAGGCUAAAAUGUAAAACAAUAAAAUAAAGAGAUAAAUUAUUUCAAAACCCAGCCCUAAAGUUAAUCCAACAAAAGCAGGAUAGCUUUGUUUCUGAAAUCAAAAAUAUUAAAAAUAAAACAUUAAAUAAG